UCUCUUAUCUAUUUUCACAUACCGCUCCAACCCGAUUCGGCUCCGAAAUGGACUCUGAGUCUGUAAGUUCCGCGAAUCCCUCACGCUUGCCUUUGAGCAUUUAGAAAGAAACUUUUCGGGAAAUAACAUAAGAGAGAGAGAAAAAAAAAAAAACUGAAUCCAUCCAUUUCUAGGGCUUUAGUUGAAUGUAUUCUUCUAUGUAUUUGAUUUAUUAAAAAUUCAAAUAUUAAUUCCACGUUAGUUUUUUUUCUUUUUCAUUUCUAGUUUUGAAGGAUUCGCGAUUGUAAAUGCUGCUUAGGGUUCUUGAAGGAUUGCUGCUUUGAUAUAUAUAUAUUCGAUUUGGAACGAGAUUUCCUGGGUUGAUUGUCCGAUUUUGGGACCUUCUCUUUUUGGAGGAAAUUGCGUGAUUGGGAGGGUUGAUUUUAGGGUUUUUUUUAGCCACUGAUUUUCGAAACGGGGAAGAUAGGUUUGGGUUAGAGGAUAAUGUGUAUACUGUGUGUGAUUCAGAAGUGGUCUCGCCGGGUUGCUACGAUGCUGCCUUGGUUAGUUAUACCUCUCAUAGGUUUAUGGGCUCUUUCUCAGCUAUUGCCACCUGAUUUUCGAUUUGAGAUCACGUCCCCAAGGCUGGCUUGCGUUUUUGUGCUUUUGGCAACUCUAUUUUGGUAUGAGAUUUUGAUGCCCCGGCUAUCUGCUUGGAGGGUUAGAAGGAAUGCACGCCUCAGGGAGAGGAAGAGGUUUGAGGCUAUAGAAUUGCAGAAGCUUCGUAAAACUGCAACACGAAGGUGUCGGAACUGUCUGACUCCAUAUAGGGAUCAGAAACCUAGUGGUGGUCGUUUUAUGUGCUCUUAUUGUGGCCAUAUUUCAAAGAGACCUGUUUUGGACUUGCCAGGUCCACCUGGUCUGGGUAUUUCAAAUUCUGGGAUCAUUAAGGAUCUUGUUGGAAAAAGUGGGAAAAUCUUGAAUGGAAAGGGAUGGUCGGAGAAUGGGUGGAUGUGUGGGCAGGAUUGGCUAGAGAAUGGCAACUGGGUCACUGGGUCUGUUGCAGGGAAACCUAGCUAUUGGUGGAAGAAUGGCACUGGUGACUUUGGAGGAAAUGAAGAUUGUUUGGCGAAGAAAUCUUAUUCAGGCAUUGUUAUUUUUGCAUGCAGACUGUUAACGUCCUUCUUGAGCAUGAGGUGGCUUCUGAGAAGGAUUUUUGGGGUUAGUUCAUCAAAUUAUGAUGCUUCAUCUGAUGCAGACCACAGGGGCAUGUUGACUAAGAGGGGUGAGAAUGGGACAAGCUUUCAUGAGAGCAGAGGAGAAAAAGCACGCAGAAAAGCUGAAGAAAAGAGACAGGCUAGGUUAGAAAAGGAGCUUUUGGAGCAAGAAGAGAGAAAGCAAAGAGAGGAGGUUGCAAGAUUGGUGGAAGAAAGGAGGAGAUUGAGGGAUGAAAAACUGGAGGCUGAAAAAGAUUGCAGCAAAUUAUCACCAUCUGCUAAGGAGAAAGAGAUAAAAAGGGAAGCAGAAAAGUCUAAAGAGAGAAGGAAAGAUAAAGCAUUUAGUAAGAGCCACACUGAUACAGAAGAGCUUGAAAAGAGAGCUGGUAAGGAAACUGAACUGAAGCGUGACACUGAUAAGAAGUGUGAGAUUGAUUUCCGGGAACAUCUGAGGUCUGGGUCUGAUUAUCUCAAGGGAAAUGCACUAGAAACAGGACAUGGAAUUAAAAGUACUCCUGCAAUUAAUUUUAGCCGGGGAAAUGGUGGAACUAGAUACCUUGACCCUAUUAGGGGUACAUUUUUGUCAUCCUCUAAAGCUUUUACGGGAAGUAGUUUCUUUGGAAAGAAUACUAAUAUUCCUGCUAUUGCAAAAGAAAACAAAACUAAUAAUCCUGUAGACCAUGCCCAUGCUUCAGCCAAUAGGAGAGAUUUCUGUCCAUCUGAACGAGUAGCUGGGAAGUUGAGUAUGGAUGGAGAUGAUAAGAAUGUUAAAAUCAACCACUCUGUGCUUUCAGAACCCCAACUGUGGGCAGCACCUAAAAAAUCUUGGCAACAGUUAUUUACUCGUUCACCUUCCCUUCCUCCAGUCUCAAAUGCAAAUGUUAUUAGUAGACCGACUUUGAAGAAUAAACCAGAAGCUCAGAGCCCACCAUUUCCUAGUCAUUCAACAAUACAGACAUUUGAUAAUCCUAUCAAUUUUGGACUACCAUCACCAUUUAUAUCUAUGUACACAAAUGGAGUCCCCAGCAGUAGUUUAGGUUUCUCACCAGCAAUUGAACCCAUUUUCCCUCGUGCUGCUGAAGGGCUAAGUGAAAUUAUACCAGAAGAGCCAGAGCUCUUUGAAGACCCCUGUUAUGUUCCUGAUCCGGUAUCCUUGCUUGGGCCUGUUUCUGAGUCGCUUGAUAAUUUUCAGUUGGACUUGGGUGCUGGGUUUGGGAUGGACGUGGGAACGGAAAGGCCUUGUGGUUUGAAGAAUAUAUCUGCUUCUUCUGAAAUUAACAAGCCCUCACCUAUUGAAUCCCCAUUGUCAAGAUCACGUUCUGCUACCCCAAAGGCCCAAGAUCUUCAAACUUCUUCUGUGGAUGAUACUAAUGCAAAUGAGAAAAGGACAUGGCAGAUGUGGAGCAGUUCUCCCCUUGGUCAGGAUGGUCUGGGCUUGAUGGGUGAUCCAGCAAGCUGGCUUCUACCACUGGAACAUAAUAGAUCAAACAAGGAUGACCUUUUGCACCUUUCUUCUCAGAAAACUAUGGUGUCAUUGUUUGCAAAAGAGGACCCUAUACUUGCUGGUAAACGAUCUCCUCAGAAGGUUUUUCUUGGUAAUGGCCAGAAUGGUGGUACAUUCAGUCCUGUACCUGGCCUGAGUGAUCAUGAUCCAUGGUUACAGGAUACUUCCUUUCCACCAUUAUGUGGCAGUGAUAACCGUUUUCCUAACAAGUCUCUGGAGGAAAUGAAUUAUGGGAGUCUCAAUGGAUCUGCAGGCACCUAUCCAUUUGAGCCGUCUGCUGCAAGCUGUUGGCCCAAAAAGGAAUGGGGGGCUAUGCAAGAUUCAGAACAACCAGUUGGAAAGUCUUCUAUUUCAAGGCCCCAUGUUGGCGGUUUAUUUGACAACCAGAUGUACAGUCACUUUGGUAAUUUGAUUGAAAUAGAAAAAGAAAAGUGACACAUAGCCAAUUGGAGGAUUGACUCGAUGCAUGCUUUGAAACAAUAACAGCUCUUGAUCCUACUUUGUCGGUCAUAGUUAGAUUUGCGGUAUCUAAAGUGUUGGUAGUUCGGUAGACUUGAAUAUAUGGUACGUGGACUCAGAUAUGAUUGAUACGGGUAUAAUUUUUUUUCUUAUUCGGGUGAUAUCUACAUGGUUAUAUUUCUGUAUACAUGUUCAUGUUCGAAUAUGCUUAGAACACAAUUAGUAGGAGAAAUUUCAAGAAAAUUGAUAAGUGGAUACAAUCCUUGUACAAUCCUGAUAAAGAGAGAUCCAGAGAUGACUGUCUCGAUUGACUUAAGAGUUAUCAAUUGGUUUAAAUAUGUUGAUUUUUGUACUCUUUUAAAAUUUAAAUUUAAAUUUUAGUUUUAUAUUUUAA